CGUCAACUCACUCGAGCUUCUCUCCCGCCCCCCUACAAAGUAAGUUUUCGUCCAGACACAUGCCACUAACGCCCAGAUCGUGUUCACCGAAAGCCAAGGCCUCGGCGGAAGUCCUUUUUUUUUUGUCUCUGAGACUCCUUCUCCCAUUGACCAACCACCUCGGAGGGGCUGCUUCACUCUGGACUCUCGGCCAAUGUUUCCUUCUCUCUCUGACACAAGCGUGUGUGUAUGUACUUUGGGGUUUUCUUUGUGUUACCACAGCCUGUGAUCGACCUUGUCAUCUUGAGGAACACCACACCACACCACACCACACUACACCAAGACUCAAGACUGGACUUUGGACAGAGGCUGACUCUCGCUUCAGAAAGACUCAGCGCAGCCAAGAUCCUCCCUGCCGUUCUGCCUCUGCCUGUACUGUAUGCCUGUGUGUGCUGUGCUUUGCUGUGCUUUGCUGUGCUUUGCUGUGCUUUGCUGCGCUGUGCUGUGCGCGAGCGGCGUUUUCUGACUUUCGAGGUUGUCUGCUUUAG